ACUAAUCGUGCCUGCCAGCUUCACUUGAGCGAGGCUGUACAGAGUAUUAAAAAUUAAAUAACUUUUUUCUAAGUUUCACAGGAGAGAGAGAGAGAGAGAGCGAAUGAGAUUCAGGAAAAGAGGCUGAUUGAUUUGAGGCUCUGGUUCCUGUUCUGAGCAGAGGGAGGAGGGUGGGUUUCUGGAAGAGAUAGAGAAGGAUGAAUUGGAGGUGGAGGGAGCUGAUAUCUCUCAUCCUUCUUUGCAUUCUAGGAUGGAAGCCUAGCUCCAUUCAAGGAGCCACAGAUCCAACAGAUGCCUCUGCUUUAAGAGUUUUGUACUCCAGCUUAAACUCGCCGCCUCAGUUAACCAAGUGGAACGCAAAUGGCGAUGAUCCUUGUGGACAAUCAUGGAAGGGGAUUACUUGUUCUGGCACACGGGUUACGGAAAUAAACUUAUCUGGCCUUGGACUCAGUGGAUCGCUCGGGUACCAGCUUGCAAGUAUGGCAUCGGUAACCAACCUAGAUGUGAGCAAUAACAAUAUUGGAGGCGAGAUAGUCUACCAACUUCCACCUAACCUGAAAAGACUAAAUCUUGCUAGAAACAACUUCAAUAAAGGCAUCCCUUAUUCCAUUUCCUUGAUGCCUUCUCUUCAAUACUUAAAUAUCAGUCAUAAUCAGCUUCAGAAUCCAUUGAUUGAUAUGUUUGGGCAGCUUACUUCCCUAUUCACAUUGGAUCUGUCUUUCAAUGCUAUGUCAGGCAACCUGCCUCAGAGUUUUAGCUCUCUUUCUGGCAUCAGCACUAUGAAUUUGCAAAACAAUCAGUUCACUGGCACAAUUGAUGUCCUUGCAACUCUUCCUCUUGAUAACCUGAAUGUUGAAAAUAAUCGUUUCACUGGCUGGAUCCCUAAUCAACUGAAGAACAUUAAUCUGCGGAAAGAUGGCAACUCCUGGAGCUCAGGUUCUGCACCCCCUCCCCCACCUGGUACUCCCCCAGCCACCAGAAGGAACCGGAGUCACAGUUCUGGUGGCAGUCCAUCAAAUGGUGGUUCUAGUGAAGGUCAGAAAUCAGGAUUAGGUGGUGGUGCCAUUGCAGGAAUUAUCAUCUCUGUGCUUGUCGUUGGAGCGGUAGUAGCAUUCUUCAUCGUCAAGAGGAGAUCGAAGAGAUCAUCUUCAGACAUUGAAAGGCUUGAUAAUCAACCCCUGCAACCUCUUAAAAUGACUGCAACACAAGAAAUGAAGUCAGAAGAGACUUCCUCCACAUUUUAUCCAACAGCAUUUGACACUUCUGCUGCAAUUAAUCUCAAACCCCCACCUAUCGAUCGUCAUAAAUCGUUUGAUGAAGACGACUUCUCAAAACGAGCACCAGUCGUCAAGAAGGCCAGUGCAGCUCCUAUUAAUGUAAAGGCAUAUUCAAUAGCAGACCUGCAAAUGGCUACAGGCAGCUUCAAUGUUGAAAAUCUUCUUGGUGAGGGAUCGUUUGGACGUGUAUAUCGGGCUGAGUUUGAUAACGGAAAGGUUCUUGCGGUGAAAAAGAUAAACUCGUCUGCACUACCGAGGGAAUUAGCUGAAGAUUUCACUGACAUUGUUUCUCAAGUCUCCCAGUUACACCAUCCCAAUAUAACCGAGCUGGUGGGGUAUUGCUCAGAGCAUGGGCAGCAUUUGCUUGUGUAUGAGUUCCAUAAAAAUGGCUCGCUUUACGACUUCUUGCAUCUAUCAGAUGAAUACAACAGACCUCUAAUAUGGAAUUCCCGCAUUAAGAUUGCCUUGGGAACAGCGCGCGCAUUAGAGUAUCUUCAUGAAGUAUGCUCCCCGUCAAUUGUUCAUAGAAACAUCAAGUCCGCUAACAUAUUGCUGGAUGCCGAAUUCAGCCCCCACCUUUCUGAUUCUGGACUGGAAAGCUUUGUACCUAAUGCAGAUCAGGCACUGGAUGACGGUGCAAGUUCAGGAUACACUGCCCCUGAGGUCACCAUGUCCGGCCAAUAUACGUUGAAAAGCGACGUCUACAGUUUUGGUGUGGUCAUGCUGGAACUCCUGACUGGACGCAAACCAUUCGAUAGUUCAAGGUCGAGGAUGGAGCAAUCUUUGGUUCGAUGGGCUACACCACAGCUUCAUGACAUUGAUGCUUUAACGAAGAUGGUAGAUCCCGAGCUCAAAGGACUAUAUCCAGUUAAAUCUCUCUCCCGAUUUGCAGAUGUGAUUGCGCUUUGCGUCCAGACUGAACCUGAGUUCAGACCUCCAAUGUCGGAGGUGGUGGAAGCGUUGGUUCGUCUGGUACAGCGAGCUAACAUGAGUAAGAGAACAGUUGGGAACGAUAAUGCAACAUCUCCCAGGGGAGGAGAGAUGGGUGGAGAGGACACACCAUAGACACAACACAGCACAGCUUCUUCAAAGGUAAAAAUUGUUGGUUACUACAUCAUCAUGAAACUGGAACACAAACAUACCUUCUUCUUCUUCUUCUUCAUAAUUCUUUCUUCAUAAUAAUAAUUAUGUUUGUUGUUAUGUUGUUAAUAUUACAUGUUUGAUGUUUAGAUUAUUCCUUC